CAACAAUAUUUAGAUAAAUGGUGAAUGGUGUUUAAAAAAUUAAACGUGUAUUACUAUAGGUAUUCAUUAGAUUGGUGGUUCCAAAAACUAGCAUGUUGUGGCAAUGGGUUUUAACGCUCAUAAUUCUACCUACCGUUUUUAUAGCGGUGGUAAUAGUGAGCACAGUUGUGCUUAUACCUCUAGCCGUAAUCUCUAUGUCAUGGUUCAUGAGAAUUAAAGAACGGAAACUGGAGAGAUUGAAACAACAUGGACCAAACGUGGCAUUCUUCCAUCCCUACUGUAAUGCUGGAGGUGGGGGUGAAAGAGUACUGUGGGUGGCCAUCAAAGCUGUCCUAACCAGGUAUCCAGAUUCAAAUAUUUUCAUCUAUACAGUGGAAACAGAAGAACCUCAAAAAAUACUAGAUAAAGCACAGAAUCACUUCAAUGUGAAAUUGGACUUGAAGAAGAUAACAUUUGUACAUCUUACUUUGAAAAUCUUGAUUGAAGCAAAAACAUACCCAUACUUUACCUUAGUGCUCCAAAGCCUUGGAUCUAUGGUGCUCGGAAUGGAAGCAUUUUUGAAACUAAAUCCUGAUGUUUACAUAGACACGAUGGGAUGUGCCUUCACGUUCCCAAUAUUCCGUUAUUUGGCUCAGUCCAGGGUCGGAUGUUACGUCCAUUAUCCCACCAUAACGACAGCAAUGAUGCGCAGGGUCAAACACAGGAUAGUUUCAUACAACAAUUCUGGUAUAAUUGCCAGGAAUCCUUUGUACACUUGGAUAAAGUUGCUGUAUUAUAAGAUAUUUGGUUGGCUAUACGGUAUUGUGGGUCGGUGUGCAGACGUUAUAAUGGUAAAUGGAACUUGGACAGAGGAACAUAUCAAUGAACUUUGGAAGGAACCUUACAACACUUACAAAGUCUUCCCACCUUGUGAGGUUACAGAAUUGAAACAAUUACGUUCUUUAGUGAAAGAGUCAGAUCCUAUCCGGAUCCUGUCGGUCGCCCAGUUCAGACCGGAGAAAGAUCAUCCGCUGAUGCUGCAGGCGAUGUACGAGCUGAGGAGCCUGUUGACCAAGAAUGAAUUCCUUUGGAAUAAGAUCCAGUUGGUUCUGGCGGGUUCCUGCCGCAAUGCCGAAGACGAGGAGCGCGUGAGACACCUCAAGGACCUGGCCAAGCACUUGUCCCUAGAAAACAACGUGCAGUUUGAGGUGAACGUGACGUACACUCGACUCUUGCACCUUUACCAGACCAGCCUCAUCGGUCUUCACGCCAUGUGGAAUGAGCACUUCGGAAUCAGCGUGGUGGAGAGCAUGGCGGCGGGGCUGGUGACGGUGGCGCACCGCUCGGGCGGGCCGCGCGCCGACAUCGUGGCGCCGCACGCCGGCUACCUGGCCGCCGAGCCCGAGCAGUACGCCGCCGCGCUGCUGCACGCGCUGUCGCUGUCCGCCGCCAGCCGCGCCGACCUCGUGGCCGCCGCGCGUGCAUCCGUGGAUCGUUUCUCGGUGAAGGAGUUUGAGAAAUCAUUUCUUCGAGCGUGCGAACCGUUAAUGUCUUUCUAGUUAGUGACGCAAAAUGUUCCAUUAGUUCAUAAGUGUUAAUUAAUAUAAUUAUUAACAAUAAAUAAAAUUAAAUGUAAAUAUUAA